CGCCCCUGCUGGAAGGCGGCCACUCAGACCCAGCUCGAGCUCAGCCAGCUCGCUACAAGCGGCCCAGCCAGGUGCACCCAAGGGUGCCGGGCAGAAGCUCUGGCUGAGAACCUCAGCGUUCCCACCGAUUCCUGACUCGGGCUCUCAAGCCCUUCACCAUGGGCAAUGCCAACUGUGUCCCUCAGGCUCCCGCCCGCUUCCGAGCCUCCUUCUCCAGGAAAUCCUCGCUGAAAGGCAAAAAAGAGGACAGCAUUAGGCGGCGCGGGGGCCUCUUUGGAAGCGAGAGCAGCCAAGAUGGGGACACCAAGGAGGCCAACAAGAUCCUGUACUACAUCCCGGGGACGGACAUUCCAGGCCCAGAAAGUCACAAGGAAAAUACAGACCAACCGCUCUUCAGUGUGUUUAAGAAGGGCCGGCGGAAAAUGCCAGUGAGGAACCUUGGGAAGAUUGUCCAUUAUUCCAAGGUCAAAUUUAAGUUCCAGCACUGCUCGGACAUCAGUGAUUGCUACCUGGAACUGUUUCCCUCCUGUUUGUACUUUCAGGCCCAUGGCUCUAGUGGCUUUACCUACCAAGGGCUGCUGCCAUUGACGGAGCUGGUCAUUUCUAGGCUAGAGAUAGAAGGGGAAAAUGCCUUCCAGAUCACAGGCCCCCUGCCCUCUCCUCUUCUGGUCUUCUGUCCCAGCGAGGCGGAGCUCCGUCGAUGGCUCUAUCAUCUGGAGAAGCAGAUGGACCUUGCCAGGGCGGCCCAGUGCCCGUUCCCGGCCCUGGAUCCCCGAGAGGAGAGCCGCCUCUGCCCUCUGCCCUGGGCCCUCAAGCACUACCCGGUGCAUCAUUGGGAAGGAACCCGGCGAGAGGCUCUGGGAGACGUGGUCUGUGCCUCCCGAGUGAAGAUGCAGCAUCUGCCCUCCCAGGAGCAGCAUGACCGCAUCCUCGUCCUCUACCCAUCCGCACUGAUCAUCCUGUCAGAGGACUCGGAUGGCUUCACCUUCAAGGGGGAGCUACCGCUCAGUGCUGUCCAGCUCAACUUCGAGGAGAACGAGAAACAGAUCCGCUCCUUCCUGAUAGAGGGCCAUCUCAUCAAUACCAUCCGAGUGUUCUGUGCCAGCUAUGAGGAUUACCAAGACUGGAUGCUUUGUUUUCGGACUGUCCGACUCAAAAGAGGGGGUUCGUCUACCCGCUCGGGCUCUGAGGGCUUCCCGGGGCCCCGGCCGCCCCUUCCCAUGCAGUUCUCAGUCAGCGGGCGAGGAUCCCUCACCUCUGAUGGCCGGACCAACUCGUGGGCCUCCACGGGCCUCCAGACCACUUCCUCCCACACCAGCAGCUCUCUCCCUGACCAGCCCAUGCUGCCCCAGAGCUACGCCGUGGGAGCAGACAGCACCUCCCAGAAGGACCCUGGCCAGGCCAACCCCAGCAGCUCCAGCUUGGGAAGGCGUCGGGCAGAGCUGAGGCGCAAGGGCAGUGGCCGUUCAUCCAAGGGGAAAGGCGCCGGGCAGCCAAAAGGAGAGGGGCCGAUAAUGAGGGCUCCCCUGCACCUGGACCUGGGCCUCAGCAAUCUCAACCGGAGGAGCCUGGAAGGCAGUGAGGAAGCUGGUAGCCUGGAGAAGCCCCACUCCCCGCUGUACGCUGACCCCUACACCCCAACCUCCACCACCCACAGCAAGAUCAAAGACGUCAGUGACCUGGAUGAGUUCCUGGUGGCGGCCAAGAGUUGUGUGGGACAGGAAGCGCUAAGCACCUUCCCCUCCGUCCCAGUCUCCGUCCCUGUCCCUGGCCCAUCUCCCAGCGCUCACCCCCACCAGAAAAAGCCAGCCCAUCAGCUCCGGGAGUCUCAAAGGCAUCCAAGAGGCUCCUUCAAGGUCCGGGGAUCGGGGCCUCUGGAGACUUCCCGACCCCGUCAGGUCCAGGUCUCCCCAUCAAAGGAAGGUUCCUCUGACCCUCAGCUUCGACUCCCAGGUGGCAGCCCUCCCAGCGGGCAGAGUCAUGAGCAGGGACGGCCCUCAGAACCCUCCGGCAGCCAAAGAGACUUCAGUUACGAAAACAUCUGGGACAAGGCAGGGGCACCUCCUUCUUCCCGACAAAGGUGGUAUCGCCCCCCCACGUCGGAAGCUGCAGGGAAGCUGACUCAGUGGAUCUGACCUGGCCAGGGUCUUUGGCCACUUGGGGCAGGGAUUGAUCACAGGAAGCUGGGCCUCCUGGCCUCCAGUCCUACCUUGGUGCUACGAGGAUGCCUCUGAGUUUCUGGGGCCUGGACAUCUCAAUGCGCUUCUCUCCAGAGCCCUGGACAGCUGGGGACAUGGCGUCAGGGGCUUACACAUCUCUGACAGGCUCAGUGCCCCCGCCCCUGCCCGUGGUCCUGGGGAAGGAGUGGAAGGAGGAGGCAACUUCCUGGCCUCUGCCCCAGGGGAACUCAACAGGAGCCUUGGAGAUGGGCCUUUGGAAGCGUUCGUGAAAACUGGUCUCCUACCAAAGAACGCGGACCCCACCGUGGCUCUGUCUCUCCAGGCCAAUUGGGCCUCAACCAGGGAAUGGUGAUUCCAAGUCUGGACCCCUCUUAAGUGGAGAGAGUGGGAGAUCCAUCCCAUUAAUGGCUGCUAUGGUUAUCCUAGUCAUCGGGCGACACCGCCACCCCAGGCUCCUUUCCAAAUCUGGCCUAGCAAGAUGGCGGCCUACACCACUCGGACAAUCCUUCCAAACCAAAUCUGGCCUGGUCCAUGGGGGAGGGGAUGCCCACUGUGGCUGGCUGUGUGGACUCUCCUGUCCUUUCUGGUGUGACAAGUGCCCGUCCCACCUCCUCUGUACCCCAAAUCUGGGUCUUGUGCUGCCCCCUAGUGGCUCUCCUGGGGAUUCAAGCUGCCCCAGCUGGCCAGAGAGGAAAAUGAGAUGACAAGAAAAGUCCAUAGGAUCGAUCACUCUCAAGAGAGAGGAGGAAGGCAGGUGACUUGCCCAUGGUCACACAAGCAGUAGCAGGAUUUGAACCCAAGUCUGUUUUACACACACAACACCCUGCCCCAGGAAAAGAAAUUACAGGGGAUCUCAUGGAUCAAAGGUGGAAACGGAGAAGGGGAGGGAGAAUUAAUCCCCCUCCUGUGGGACUGCUAUGGGGGAGCAGUCAGCGAUGGUCAUUGGAUAGUAGUGGUCAGGGAGAAAUGGAAGUUGGAAGAGAGUGAGGGGCUGGGAAGGGCAGGGGGGAGCCGGGAAGCUGGUGGGACGGGUGAGGGAUGGUGAAGAGUGAGGUCAACGAGCGGUGAAGUUAGUGGGAGGCAGCAAGCUGGCCUGAGGGCCACAGGAGAGCAAGCAGUAAAGGGGCCUACUGGCGGGGAGGGCUAAAUAAGGACAGGUCAGCCACUUCCCCACAUUCCACUGAGAUGAGCCAGGGCAGGAAGGGCUGACGGGACUGACUGGUGGGCCAAAGACUCCGGGGCCUCCCCUUGGAGAGGCAG